UCUUUAUUCAUAUCAAUCAAUGUCAACUUAUUCUUUGAUAGACUGUGGUGUGUAUUUCAGAAAAUCAAUGAAUGUUAUUGUGAGGGUAGAGUUUAUUUUCAUUUUGAAGAUUAAUAAAAAAACAGUGAAAAAGGCAAAAUAUAUAGAAUCAAUGAUGUAAUCUUCGUUUUAGAUAAUAUUGAUUUGGAAUAAUAUUAUAAUGCUAAUAAUUUAUUUCGUCUUAAAUGAAUAAAUUGUAAAAAAUACAUUUUUAUGAAAAUUAAAUCAUGUUACUGUGGGUCAUAGUUGUUACAGCCCCUUGGCUAGCAGUAUCAUGGUACUUUCCUUUUCUAUGGGGCAUAAUUUACAUUCAGUUACUGGCCUUGUUUUUGGGGCUAGCUGUACUAGCUCUUACUUUGUGGGGUCAUAUAGCAGUGUCAUCUCCUCAUCAGACCUCCUUAUUCUUAAUUGAAAAGGUUGAAAAAGAAGUGCGGCAAUUUGAAGAAGUUUUGAAGGAAGAUUUAGGGAACUGGCCAAUGACAACAAAAAAAACUCAUCUGCCGAUUAUAUUUGGAAGGACUGUUGAUAGUCAACUACAAAUGUUGAUUGACUAUGUUCUGAGAGACUUUGUGACUAAAUGGUUAAAGGACUUCUCUCACAAGCCUGAACCAGUGGUGGACAAGUUUAAGGAAAAUGUUUGGGGUGCUAUUCAAAAAUUGUAUGAGAGACUCCUUAGAGUAGAUGCUGAGAGGCUUCUUGCCAGUGAUAUGGUCACAAAGAUUACACAGCAUUUUGAGCGAAUAAGGAUUGCCCGUAGUUGCGCAUUGGAACUAAACCAAGCACCAGUUUUUGCCCUGUCACCGCACCUAAUGUCCUGUGAAACGGAACUGCAUUACUUGCGCCAGAUCAGUGAGCUCAUCAUUAUGUUCCUGAUGCCUCGCUGCUAUUCCCUUGCACCUGCUUCACAUCUCAUGAGAGAGAUUUUGGCAUGCAAAGUUUUACAACCAGCAAUAGAUUUAAUAACAGAACCAGAUCACAUUAACCAAAAGAUUAUACAAUACUUAGAGGCUCAGAAGGAGGUAAACGCCAUGCACUUGCGAACCCACGAGUACGCAAAGACAUUUGAAGAUUACAUAAGACUAAUUAACAACUGCAAUAACGUUGACACACUGAAACGGUUACGAUAUGAUAUUGUAACUCAAAUAAUGCAAGCGACAACCCUACAAAACGUGAAGCGAGCGAAAGGGAUAGAUAUAGAAGAGAUAGAGAAAAACAACACACAGCAUAAUAUUAGUCGCCAACAGAUUUCUGAUGCUAAAAAACUCAAGAAGUACAUUAGUCAGCUGACCAUAGCUAAGGAAGAAUGUGAAGCGGCCUUAAGAAAACUGGGGUGGGAUGGUGCUUUUCCUACCGUGGAGUCUGGUAACAAUAAGACGCUACCACUACACAAAGUGAUGGAGAGUGUGACCGGCCGUCGAUACCUGUCGAUGUUCCUGGAGACGAUGUGUUCUCAAGGGCUGGUUGGCUUCUGGACGGCUGUGGAGGAGCUGAGGCACAGCCCCAGCAGCAGCUGGCACCAACUCGGCGCCGAAAUCUUUUACACUUACAUCAGAUCUCCAAGUGCUGAGAUUAAAGUAGAUAAGGAAACCAGAAAAAGAAUGGAGGGGUUUCUGUUAGGGGACAUGGGACCAGAAGUAUUCUACGAAGUGCAGGACACAGUAGUCGACACGAUACAGGACAAAUACUAUUCUUCGUUCCUCUUGAGUGACCAGUACACAGCGUUAGUGGCUGAACUUGCUACUGAGGAGGCUAAUAAAGAAAUAAACUCUGAGCGCUCGCCUAUAGAAGACCGGCAGUUGUCCAACGAGUCCGUGUCGUCGGCGGAGAGUGUGUCGGGGACGCUACACCUCACUGAACAUUCCACGUACGCGCGCCGGAAAUUGGACCAGCUUCAGGAGAGACACAACAAUAAGAUUCAGGCACUAGCGGCACUGCGCGCGUCGCUGAAGCCCGACUCGCGCGCGCUGGCGCUGCUGGCGCGCGCGGUGGAGCGCCUGGCCACGGAGCGCCUGCGGCUGGAGGCGCACCUCGCGCGCACCGACACCUGGGCCGACCAUCUGGGCAGUUGGCGGGCCUCCGUCCACAGCGCGGAGGUGGUAGAAGAGAACAAACCGCCUCAGUUCGUGAUAGUGGUGCACAUGGCGGCGGCGGAGGCGGGCGACGACGAACGCCCUGAACAGAUCACCACGGGCUGGGUGCUGCUCAAGACGCUCAACGAGUUUCAAGAGUUACAUCGAAAGCUUAGGCCUAUGUGUUCAGAAUUAAAAAACUUGGAGCUGCCGUCGAAUUCCUUCAAAUUUUUAUUUGGGAAAAACGAUAAGAAUUCCUUGGAGAAGGCAAAACAGUUAAUACAGAAAUAUUUAGAGUUUGUUUUAGAAGACGACAGACUGAACCAGUGCGAAGCUUUGUAUACAUUCCUCAACCCGAGUACCGAGUAUCUGAAGCAAGGAGACUUGCCUAAGAAAAAUAAGUUCUCUUUCUCUACAUUAUUUAAAAGUAAUAGUAGCGAAGCAACGAACAGAUCGUCCCAAGAGAAAGACAUGUCGUUCACCCAUCUAUCCGCCGACGAAGAUGAGAUAUCACUGUUAUUGGAAGGCAACGGGGACCCUGCAAAAAGCAUGACCAACUCUAUGCGUGGUGCUGCCGCAAUGGGUGAAGAGCGAGACAGCAUAGCGGAACCACUAUACGCGUUGCUGAGUGAAGUGUUCGACAUGCGCGGCGUCUUCCGGUGGCUGAGGAAGACCCUAGUCACGUUUGUGCAGAUCACCUACGGCAGAACCAUAAAUAGGCAAAUAAAAGAGACAGUGUCAUGGCUGUUCUCGGAACAAAUGCUGCACUACUACGUGAGUGUGGUGCUCAAGUCGUGGUGGCCCGGCGGCGCGCUCAGCGAAACUGUGCACAGCCGCAAUGUGCAGGACAGAGAGCACACGCGAACACUAGCGCUGCAGCAGCUGACCGAGAGCGUGAUGGAGACGCUGUCCUCGCUGGUGGGGGCGCCGGCGGCCGCGCGCGGAGCACACAAACUGUUCUACACUUUGCAGAACACUACUCACAACAAACAGUUGUUCUAUGAACUAUUUGAACUUGUGCUUAUGGAAAUAUUCCCGGAGCUAAAAAGAUACACUUGAAGUUAGCCCAGUGGGUAAGAAUCACAAUAGAUUUACGAAUAUAAUUAUAUUGAACUGUACAGGGAUUAUAUCUGAAAGUAUCGGUCGAAAAGUAUUUUCCUCCUUAUAUUUUGAUACUCUAUAAGACAUUCCGUUUUGUAUAUACUUUAUAUAUGCGACUGAAGAUCUUUUAUAAUUUUACAAAUGAAUAUAAAACGUUUUAUAAAGUUGUUUUCCGUGUCACUGAUCUCAUUUUUUGUGUUAUGUAGUGAAUGAGUCUCCGUAGGUAUCUACCUAAGUUUUUGUAGACGCGACAGACGCUAUGGAUAGGAAUUUGUACAUCAGGUAAAACAAAUAACAACGUACGUAGAUAAACUUAUGAGUGUGCUUAGAUGUGUGAUCUUGCGUGCCAUAAUAUAAUAUAUAACAUAGUAAGAUAUAACAGUUACUGUCUAACAUAUCUUAUAAAGUGUUGCCGAACUAUCGAUAGUAUCGAUACUAUAGGUUGUUUCAGACUAUCGAUACUCUGCCAAUUUGCAACAAUAAAUAGUAUUGUGUUUGUUUUAACAGUAAUAAUGAUCGAAGAUAGUUUAGACUGAUAUAUAAUUUUAUAAACAUUUUCUGUCGAUGUGGACAUAUAUAAUAAGUGCUUCAAUAUGUAUCUAAAUAAGGAAGAUCGAAAAAUAAACCAGUAUUUUUAAAUGGAAUAUAAUAUAAAGGAAGGAUAGUAUUUAUACUAUCGAUAGUAGAAUCGAUAGUCGACUAUCGAUCGGCAACACUAAUUUAAAAUAAAAAUGGAAUUAGGCAUUGUAUUGUUUCCCUUCAGGUUGUUGUACUCGUAAGUGUGAGAAGUCAAUACUCCGGUUCCACUAGCAUUUAUUAUGAGCUUCUUUGGUGCGUCUAUAAGUAUGAUGUCAUAGCUCUUUGUGAGUAGAUCUUUGUUAAGCCAGUGUCGGCCAGUGUUCUUAUAAUUGUUGUUAUAUGUAGCACAGUAAAUACGAGAGAAUGAGGCCUAACUUAUGCAGGGCGUAAUUUUAUACUUUUAUCGACGAUUUUCUUUUUGUGAUUUUAAAAUUUGUAUAUUGUUCUGAUAUUGAGAUUCUAAUAUCGAAUAUGAGACAAACUGAUACCUGAUAUUAGUGCCACAAGCAAUAUUAUUAAUUUUUAUGUGGAUUGUACACUCGACUAUUUUCUAGAUUUUCCGUUAAGCAGACUGUGCCAAAAACAUACACGGUUCUUUUUUUGGAAAAAGUUUUAAUUCUAGUCAGUCAGAAGAAUUCUAGUUAUAAUUAAAAAUCGCUUUUCGUUUAAUACAGGUGUCGUCCUAAUUAAAUAUCCUAAACGAAGUCAAUGACUAUCGUCUAUAUUCAUAGUUGUUUUGGAAUCUCAAAAAAUUAUAACAAUUGUUUUUAUCAAGUCUUUGUCCCACCUCCACAACGUUUUCUAGUCUUUUGUUAGUUCUUAUUUUUUCUAGAGAAUCAUUGAUUCUCACAGAAUGUGCAUGCUCUCUUCAUUAUCGGUUAUAAAAAGUACAUAAUAAGUUGUUACGAAAAUAAACCUCAUGAAUCCAUAAGAAGUGAGAUUUAGAAUUAAUUUUUCACAAGUAUUAAAUACUUGUGUAGUUAAAAAAUAAUUGUAAUAUAAAAGAAAUACGUUAACUCUUAAAUUAUCUCUUCGUUAUUAGACCAUUUUUUUUUUUAUUUCCACUAUAUUUAUCUAAUGUAGUGAGAAGUUACCUUUAAGCACAAAAUUGUGAACUCUUAAUACACGCUAUAUUUUUAUUUUGUACUCUUUUACCGAAAAUUUACAUAUAAAAUCACUCGUAAGAUAUAAAAAGGCGUUUUAAAAACAUUAUACCAGUCUGUGUUGAAGCUAUCUAAUAAGCGUUAUAUUUGCUGUUGUUGACUAAGGUUAUUGAUUUAUCUAUGUAUGAUAUUAAUACUUAACUUUAGUGUAUGUUGAAUGAAAUAAAGUAUUAUUAUGUAAAAGAAA